AUCAGCUCGGGACCUCCUUACAUUUCAAAAUAACACGCAAUAAAUUAGCAAAACGAGCAAAUAAUAAAAAUACUUUACGACACACGCUUUAUUCGCUUUUUAAUUCUCAACGUAACGGGAUGAUUUCAAGAUUGUUUAACAGGAAGAGAACUUUCAAAGAGCAGAAUUAACCACAUUUUCUUGGCAAGAUUGUUUACCAGGAAGAGAACUUUUAAACUGUGAAAUCCUCUUUCAGUUCGGCAUUCCCUAAAUUUAUCCAGGUUCUGUACUUCUUCACUCGGCCUUGUUGCACUAUAAUUGAGAGAGGUGCAUUUUUUUGGUGGGGUUGAUUUUAUUUUUGGUAGGCCUGAAGAAUAUUUGAAAUGGCUGAUGAAAUACUGUCACCUGAGGACAUGCCUUCUUCUCCUAUAAAUCCAAAUGCCAGUGCAAACAGCUUUUAUUCAUUAGGGCAAUCUGUUAUCCCAGUUGUAAACAAACUGCAAGAUAUAUUUGCUCAACUGGGCAGCUCUUCAACAAUCGAUUUGCCUCAGGUUGCUGUUGUAGGCAGUCAGAGUAGUGGGAAAUCCAGUGUUUUGGAAGCCCUUGUCGGGAGGGAUUUUCUUCCCAGAGGUUCAGACAUUUGCACGAGGAGACCUCUAGUGCUGCAGCUUGUUCAAACUCCACGGAGGACAGAUGGAUCUGAAAUUUCUGAAUGGGGUGAAUUCUUGCACCUCCCAGGCAAGCGCUUCACUGAUUUCUCAGCAAUUCGUAAGGAGAUCCAGGCGGAAACAGAGAGAGAAGUUGGAGUAAACAAAGGUGUCUCUGAUAAGCAAAUUCGAUUGAAAAUCUAUUCUCCAAAUGUUCUUAACAUAACUUUAGUGGACUUGCCUGGCAUAACCAAGGUUCCAGUUGGUGAUCAACCUACUGACAUUGAGGCUCGGAUUAGAACAAUGAUUAUGUCAUAUAUCAAGCAUGAAACGUGUGUUAUACUAGCUGUUUCACCUGCAAAUGCAGACCUAUCAAAUUCUGAUGCACUUCAGAUGGCAAGAGUUGCUGAUGUUGAUGGUCACCGAACUAUAGGUGUGAUUACAAAGCUUGAUAUCAUGGAUAGGGGAACUGAUGCUACUAAUUUUCUUCUUGGAAAUGUGAUUCCCCUGCGCUUGGGUUAUGUUGGAGUUGUUAAUCGCAGUCAAGCGGACAUUAAUGGGAAUAAGAGCAUCCAAGAUGCUCUUGCCUAUGAGGAAAAGUUUUUUCGCAGUCGUCCGGUGUACCACAGGUUAGCUGAUAAAUGUGGCAUUCCACAAUUGGCAAAAAAAUUGAAUCAUAUUUUGGUGCAACACAUCAGAGCAAUUCUACCUGGAUUGAAGGCACGGAUUAAUGCUCAAAUGGUCAGUGUGGUGAAGGAGUUUUCCACAUAUGGUGAUAUCCCAGUAUCUAGGGCUGAGCAGGGAGCUUUGUUACUCAACAUUCUGACAAAAUACUCGGAAGCAUUUACCUCAGUAGUGGAGGGUAAAAAUGAAGAAAUGUCCACAGCAGAGUUGUCAGGAGGAGCACGAAUCCAUUAUAUUUUUCAGUCAAUUUAUGUCAAGAGUUUGGAGCUCGUGGAUCCAUGCGAUGAUUUAACUGAUGACGAUAUUCGAACAGCUAUUCAAAAUGCAACUGGCCCUAAAAAUGCUUUGUUUGUACCUGAGGUUCCCUUCGAGGUUCUUGUGCGAAGACAAAUUGCUCGCUUACUAGAUCCAAGUAUUCAGUGUGCACGCUUUAUUUAUGAUGAGUUGCUGAAGAUUGCUCAUAGAUGCAAGGCAGUUGAGCUGGAACGGUUUCCAGUACUUCGCAGGCGUCUAGAUGAAGUUGUAGGAAAUUGUUUACGUGAGGGCUUGUCUCCAGCAGAGACAAUGAUACAACAUCUUAUUGAAAUGGAGAUGGACUACAUAAAUACUUCACAUCCUGCAUUUAUCGGGGGCAGUAAAGCAGUGGAAUUAGCAUUUCAGCAACAAAAGUCAAAAUCUACAAUCCCCAUGGUUAGGACUAAGGAUGGUGCUGACACUGAGCGAAUACCAGCAGCUGAUAAAUCUCAAAAAUCACGGGCUAUAUUUGCAAGGUCCACUCCCUCCAGUGCUGUUGCUGAUUCAAGCACACGACCAAUGGCAACUUAUGAAAAGGCAGUUUCAGGAAUCUCUUCAAUCUUUGGAAGCAGCGAAUCACGCACAUCUGCUAAAGACAGUGUGCCAAACAACACACAUAAUGAAUCUGUAAAUGGUCUCGAAUCCAUGUUUUCCAUGAUCCAAUUGAGAGAGCCACCAGCAGUACUGAGGCCUGCAGAAUUAUUGACAGAGAACGAGUCUGUUGAAAUAACAGUGACAAAAUUGCUCCUGAAGUCUUAUUAUGACAUUGUCAGAAAAAACAUUCAAGACUUUGUACCUAAAGCAAUUAUGCACUUUCUGGUAAAUUAUGCCAAACGAGAUUUACAUGGGAUUCUUAUCCAGAAACUGUAUAGAGAGAAUCUGUUUGAAGAGGUGCUGCAGGAAAGAGAAGAAGUAGCAAUAAGAAGAAAACGUAGUAAGGAACUUCUCCGGGUUCUACAGCAAGCAGUAUGGACAUUGGAUGAAUUGCCUCUGGAGUCUGAUGUACCAUCCAGAAUGUCAAACGUUGGGAUGGAUGCAACAGGCUUACCUAGGGCUAGUGCUCUUACCCCCUCAAUCUAUGGUAUGGUCAAUGGUGAUUAUGGUGGAAUUGGGUCCUAUAUGGGCUCUCCUACUCGGACAAAGUCUCGUAAGUCUGCUCACUCAGGUGAGCAGCCAUCACCAUUGAACUCAAGUGCAGCAGCUAACGGCAGUGGACAAUCUUCAGCCAUAGGGGCAAGUUAUCCAACUAUUAAUCCUUGAGUACUUCAGAAUCUUGCAGAUUGAAUAUGGUGUUAGCAUGUAUUGUUAUGCCCAGUCCAACCUUUGCACUGGACUAUCUAUGGCCUUCUGACUAAGUUAUUGGCUGUUCUACUGAUCUGGUGUAAUCUAUGUUUUCUUUAAGCUCAUAUUAGCAGCUGGAGGCCAAAUAGUCAUUCCUGCUUUUGAUUGAUAAUACUGUGCACUUGUAUUCAAUUCUAUUUAUUAUUUUUGGUAGCCAGCCCUGCGAUUGUUUAUUGCCCGAAUGGUAUCGCAAGGGUUUGAGUUACAAAAGUUAUGACUUGGAAUUUGGUUUAACCAAUCAUAGGCGUUCAAUUAAAUUAAAUAAAGCUCUUUAUUUUGCA